UUAUAUCUACGUCAGUUGAAGGCCAACACGCUUGUGCGACGCACGCGUUUGCAACUGAGCUCAUCGUGAUGGCGGUUACUGAGCAAUAAUCAGACCAACAUGUCAAUUAUCCCACUACAAAGUUAACUUUACAACUAUUGUUCUAUGUGAUAAAAAGUUAUUGUGUGUUAACAUGAAGUAUAAAACGAAUUUAGUACUAUUUACAUUGUUCGCUGCGAACUUAAUCGACCAGCCGGCGCCUGAAGUGACCAUCGCGCAAGGGACUUUGAGCGGUAAAAUAAGCGCAGAUGGAACUAUUUUCGAAUACGUCGGCAUACCUUAUGCUUCCACAAACAGUAGCACGCGGUUCAAGGCUCCGGGUCCACCUCAAUCAUGGAAUGGUGUAUUCAAGGCAGUCGACGAGAUCCAUUUCUGUCCACAAUCUACACCAAUUGGAGUGCUCGGCUCAGAAGACUGUUUGAGAAUUAAUGUUUAUGUUCCGGCUUUAACUAAAAAGCCUUUACCUGUUAUGGUAUACAUUCAUGGUGGAGCAUUUAUAUUGGGCGGAGGAGGAAAAUUGUUGUAUGGCCCUGAUUUUUUAGUAAAGAAAGAAGUUAUACUAGUCACUUUUAACUAUAGAUUAGGAGCGCUAGGUUUUACUUGUUUAAGAAUAAAAGAAGCCCCUGGCAACGCAGGAUUAAAGGAUCAAGUUGCCGCUUUGAGGUGGGUCAAAAGAAACAUAGCAGCUUUUGGAGGAGAUCCGAAUAACAUAACAUUAUUUGGCGAAAGUGCUGGUGCAACUUCCACAGCUAUAUUAUUAGCCAGCAAUGUUACCGAUGGGCUAAUCAAUAGAGCAAUUAUUCAAAGUGGAUCAUCUAUUGCUAAUUGGUCAAUUAACAGAAAUCCUGUCUGGGUAGCUGCUUUAUUGGCUAAAACGUUUGGACUCGAAACAGAUGAUCCACUGGAAAUAUAUGAAUUGUUUUCUAAAAUGUCUUACAAAGAAUUAAUCUCAGCAAAAGCAAAGAAACCACUUACCAAAUAUUUUGACACACAGCUUUUGCAAUUGCCCUGCGUUGAAGAUAUAAUUCCUGGCGAAGAGUCUAUAAUCAAUGAUUUACCUUAUAAUUUAUUAGCAAAAAAAUCCAAGAGUGUUCCUUUAAUUUACGGUUCAAACAGUAAGGAGGGAUUCUUUUUAAUAUCCGGAGACACGGAUGAAUCGCUCGAAGAGAGAAACGGACGGUAUUUGUUCGCGUCCGAUUUGCUAUUUCAGUCGGAGGAUGAAGCGGCUAUUGAAGCACAAAGAAUACAAAAGUUUUAUUUUGGCGAUGACAGAAUAAGCAUGAAGAAAUUAAUGAACGUCUCCGAAAUAUAUACUCACUUGUAUUUUGAAUUACCUCCGAUAUUUGAGACUGAAGUUCUGAUCGAAAAAACUAAUGCCGUAAUUUACAAUUACUACUUUGAUUACUCUGGUGGUAGAAACUUUGUUAAGAAGAGAGCGGGAUUUGAAAAUGAAGAUGGAGCGAGUCAUGGAGAUGAUUUGUUUUAUUUAUUCAAUUCAAUGUUGCUUCCUUUUAGAAUCAACAAAAAAGAUUCUGAAUUAAUUGAUACGAUGACAACUUUAUGGACCAAUUUUGCAAAAUAUGGGGAUCCGACGCCAGAUUCUAAGUUAAACAAUCGACAUUUUCGUUGGCUACCAAGCAAAAGGAAAGAAAUAAGCUUUCUUUACAUAAACGACGAGUUAAAAAUGGGUAGAAUUCCGAAUCCAGAAGCAUACAACUUAUGGAAGAAUUUGUAUGCCAAAUAUCGUAAAAAGGAAGUCGAUUAAAAUUAUUUAGUUACAUUAUAAAUCGAAUUGAAUGUGGGUGGCUACAAAGGAAGAUUCAAGAAAGUAUGGCUGGAUUGUGUGAAAGAAGGGAGUGAAUCCAGAUAUGACGGCUGAUAGAGAUGUAUGGAAGAGCAACACAUACUCUGCCUGCCCUCCGUAGUGGCAAAGGCAGGUUGAUUAGUUGCAUUAAAAAAUUCAAAUGAUA